CUGCGACUCCUCACCAAUGCUCCUCACAUGUGUCAACAUGUUCACGUCUUCACGUCUACAUCCAUGGUUCAUGUUCACAACGCCGCAGCCUACAGUGAAGUCAGAGACGGUUUAUGGAGGAUCUUUGGUGAAGUGCACAACGGGACCAGUUUCUGAUAAGUAAUAAGUGUCAGACAUGGGUGACAGCAGCGACGACGAUGUCCCGACGCUGUCGGCUCACACUCUGGCCGCCCUGCAGGAGUUUUACGCUGAGACCAGCGAAGCCAGCGCUACGCCAUCAGACCAGUUCGCUGUGGGAGCAGUGGACGAAGACUGGCGGAUGAGUCAGUUCUGGUACAGUGACGAAACAGCAGCUCAGUUAGCUGAGGAGGUCGUACGUGAAGCUGGAGAGGGAGGCAGGAUAGCGUGUGUGAGCGCGCCCAGCGUGUACCAGAAGUUGAAGCAGGGUGUGGUGGAAGGCUCGGACCGGGUGUCUGCCGUCGUGUUGGAGUACGACCGCCGCUUCGCCAUCUACGGCGAGGACUUCAUCUUCUACGACUACAAAGAGCCGCUGGCUCUUGUGGCCAACGUGGCUCCUCAGAGCUUCGACGUGGUCUUGGCCGACCCGCCGUACCUGUCCGAGGAGUGUCUGAGCAAAGUGGCCGAAACCAUCAAGCACCUGAGCAAAGGCAAAGUGCUGCUGUGUACAGGAGCCAUCAUGGAGAAACUCGCCAAAGACCUUCUGGAUGUAAAAAUGUGCAGCUUCCUGCCAAAACACAACCGAAGCUUGAACAAUGAGUUCCGCUGUUUUGUCAACUAUCCGUCUGGCCUGCUGUCCUGAACCUGCGGAGGUCUGAUGAACACUUUGACUGUUGAGAGCAGAAAGAGCCUGAUAGAGGGAGGACAUUCUCCAGCACAGUGCUGUUAGGUCUGUGGUCCUCUACUGGUGAAGAAUGAAGGGAUGCGUUAACAAUGCAGUGAAGGUGGACAUUUUCAGAGUUUGUUUUGGUUAUAUAUAUAUAUAUAUAUAUAUAUAUAUAUAUAUAUAUAUACUUAUACUGUUGUUUUACUUUCCCCACCUAGGUUUAUCCUGGCAAAAACCUUCCGUUCACAAGCUCGCUUUUCUAACCCUUAGGCCACCACUCCCCAUACGCAUAAGCUUGGUAACCCAUGGUAAAUUGAUUGACAUUGAUUCAUUUCGGUUAAUAGUUUGUCGGUAAUCGAUUAAAAAAACAACAUUAAAUAUUUAUGCAAAUCA